AUGUCCAAGAAUAGAUCUGAGAAACUUUAUCUCGGAUCAUUAAAAAGGAAAACUAAUGCGGAAAUAGACAUUCAAAAGAAGCAAGAGCAAAUGAGGUGGGAACAAUCAUUAAAUGCACAGCAUAAAUUAGCUUAUCAUCCUCCUCAAAGAAUUUCCUAUUCAAGAACAGUAUCAUCGAGAUUAGCAUUGUUGCCAAAUUCAACUCUUUGUAUGCCUUCUCGAUCAAAACAUGGGAGAAGAGAGGCAGGAAUUAGAAAAUCAAAUUCUUUUGUUCCGACUGAAUCAAUGACACGAACACUCAAGGAAUUAAAAGAAACCCAAAAGAAAAAUGAUCCAGCUUUCAGAUCAAUGAACAAUUUGCCUCCAAUAAUUAAUGAGAAUAUACAAAUACAGCCAUUCUCGCCAAUAUCAGCUACUGUUGCUCAAAUGGAGCGUCUUAAUAUUAUAUGA